GGCAAUACGCUAAAACCAGCUCUCCUCCUCGAUAACAGUCGUUUUGGAUAGCCCCCCCUUUAUUUUCUUCGCUUCCAUAGAGAAGGCUAAAGCUGAUGAUAAGAAAACUCUGAGAGAAAUGGCUUCUUCAAUUAUAUCUUUGCAAACCAGCAAUUUGAGGUCUGCAUUUUUGGGAGAGAAAACUGGGAUCUGUGUUUCUAGCAUUCCCAUAACUCGCGUAAGUUUAGUGAGGAAGGCUAUUGAGUGUAAGGAGUCGAGAAUCGGGAAGCAGCCAAUAACGGUUCCGUCCAAUGUGACGAUUACUAUGGAGGGUCAGGACAUAAAAGUAAAAGGUCCUUUGGGAGAAAUGGCAUUGACGUAUCCACGAGAAGUAAAGGUCAAUAGGGAGGAAUCCGGAGCCCUAAGGGUCAGAAAGUCAGUGGAGACUAGGAGAGCCAACCAAAUGCAUGGCCUUUUCAGGACUCUUACUGACAAUAUGGUGGUGGGAGUAUCAAAGGGUUUUGAGAAGAGACUUCAACUAAUUGGUGUCGGAUAUCGUGCAACGUUAGAAGGAAAAGACUUGGUGUUGAGUCUUGGGUUUUCCCAUCCAGUCAGGAUGGCAAUCCCUGAUGGCAUUCAAGUAAAGGUGGAAGAGAACACGAGGAUCGUCAUAAGUGGAUACGACAAAAGUGACGUCGGUCAAUUUGCUGCUACCAUUAGGAAAUGGAGACCUCCAGAACCAUAUAAAGGAAAGGGUGUGAAAUACGCUGAUGAGGUUGUCAGAAGAAAAGAAGGCAAAGCAGGGAAGAAGAAGUAAAUGGUGGCGUGUAUUUUGUUUCUCUUAUUUUGAACUUUUUGUCUUAUGAAUCUGGUAUGAAACAUAUUCUCAUCUUGCUACUAAAGCGAUUUCACCAUUAAUGAAGAUUUCAUUAUUUUCUACCAUUUCUACAAAA